AAAGUGAUAACAGUGCAGUUCAUACACCUUAUUUUCUUAUAAUGAAACUUGAUCAUAAUUUUCUAACGUUAUCAGCAAACAUGUGUAGAAACAUCCUUUUAACAAAUAUCUACCAUUUCUUUUAUAUUUAAUUGUAUUCAGCAUUUCUAGUUUUCUCAUAAAACCUGAGAAUAUUUUUAAUGUUAUCAGCAGACAUAUGUAGGCAUCCUGUUAAUAUAAUAACAAUCAUUUUGUUACACUUUACUGUAUUCAGCAUUUUUCCAUUUAUUUAAUGUUUGUUAACUCAUUGAUACAGUUAGUCUUCAUUCUAUCACCUAUUGUUGUAGUCAUCGAGUUAAUAAAGUUUUUUAAAAAAGUAAAUCUUUACUUUUAAAAUAUAACUCCCGCAAGUAUGUGUUUUUCAUCACAGAACUUACCAGGGUAUGAUCUGUGCUUCUAACCAUCUGUUGGUACAACGGCCACAAGCAGUGUUGCCAUAGCUAGUACUAUUGUACAAUUUUAGAACAUUUUAGUGUAUUUUAUACGCUAGUACAUUUUCCCUUUUUCCUAAUACAUUUUCCCUGCGUUCGCAAAUAUAAAGUUAUUUUAUAUUUUCGUUUAAUAAAAUAAACUAGAAAUUGUACUAGAUUGUAACAAUAAUUAGAAAACCGAGCCAAGUUGAUUUAUAUUUAGAUCGUGAGAUUUUUGUACUGCAUUGCUAAUUUUAUCGGUAAACUUUAUAUAAAUUUUUCAUCCUUAAAAUAAUAAUUGACAGUCUAUAACAUUUUUGGAAAAAACAUUUAAUUUAAACUUAUGUUUGUACAUCUUGCUAUAAUUUUAUUAAAUUUGUUCGAAGUUGGUACAAUCUAGUACAUUUUCUAGUUCAAUUUUUUCAUUCAGCUUUUAAAUUGUGGCAACACUGGCCACAAGUGUACCAAACAAAUACAAAUAUAAUUUUGAGGUUAGAAAGUAAUUUCGAAAUCUCGCAGCAAAUUCCAAUAUAUAUAUAUUUAACAAUAAUUAAUUCUUCAUUGAAUAUCGUUGAUUAUGAAUAUUGUAGUUAUAUGUAUUCAAAACUUUGGAUCAACUAUAGCAGGUCUCUUCUGUUUUAAAAUUAGUUUAUGAAACUAAUUUAUUGGUCGAAUUAGUCUUAAAAGAGUGAGGAAUAAACCUUGAUAAAUAUGAUUUGUAUUUUAGUAAUUAGACCUUGCUACCAUGGAAACGCCAAUCACACAAACAUAUUGGGUAUAAUAUAAUCAUUAAUUCAUAACAAGUCAUGGAAUCAGAAUUAUUGAAAAAGGAAGAUGAAUUUUAUAAAGAAAAUGAAAAACUUGAAGAAAGGACAAAAGAGUUAAUGAAGAAAGUAAAUGAUGUUAUGAAAAUCCAAGACAAUCUAAUCAAGGAAUCUAUUAAAAUGAAGACUGAUAUUAACUUUGCCAAAAAUAACUUCGGCGAUAAUAAAAAUGACGAUGCGCACCACUCAGAUGUCUAUAAAACCGGUCACCAAAUCACAAGUCAAGAUGGAGUGGAACAAAUAGGUACUAAUGGCACCAUCCAGUAUUAUAAAGCAAAAUUUAAAUUUCUGCAAGUUGAAGUUGUGAAGUUACAAACGGAAUUGAAGAACAAGAAUGAAGAGAAUAAAAAAUUGCAAAUUGCGAAUCAGUCUUUUCAAGAAGAAAAAGAAAAAUGGUUCUCGUCAUAUAAUUCAUCCAAAACUAGAAUAGGCAAGGUCGAAAACCAGUUGGCCUCCUUAAAUACGAGGUUCCAGGAAAAAUCCACCGAGUUAACUUUGGUGAAGAAAGAAUUAGAAAAUACUAAGAAAGACUUAAAAAAUUCUACCCUCAACGCAAAUAGCUUAGAAAUAAGAUUAACAAGAGCACAAGAAGAAAAUGACAAAUUGAAGAAUUCCUUAAAAAUAACAAAAAAUGAAGAGAAGGAUAUUAAGGAAACCUUUAAAAAACAAAUCAAUGAUUUAACUGCUAUUGUGAAACUAAUGGAAAAACAUAAAGUAGAAUUAUUAAAUGGUUUUAAGAAGCAAAUGCAGCUCAUUGAUAAUCUGAAAAAACAGAAGAUGUACCUGGAGAGUUGGAAAAUAGGAGAGAUUUCAGAGUCUGAAUAUUUAAGAAUUUUAAACUGGAAAUUUGAUUAAUAUAAUAAUUAAAGAAGAAACUUUUGCAGUUCACCGGUACAUUUCUAAUAAAUUGUUUGCCACAAACUUUGUGUGAUAAUUGAAAACAUUACAUAAUAUCGUUGGUUAUAUGUGAGAAUAA